GGACGGCAUAUAAAUUUAUACAGGCCGUGUUGGGAGGAAUUCUACACAAGAUCUUGUGUAUUUUCUUGGAAGAAAAGCUUCUUCAAUUGAAUAAUUGUACUGUCUUCUCUUUUAGCUUCUCACACAUCGCACUUUUCCAAUAGCAAAGCCAAGAACACCUAGUAGAGCAUUUCUCACAUCUCACAUCUCACAUCUCACAUCUCACUAUUCAGGAGAAGACGAAAUCCAGGCCUUUCAGUCAUGAGUCGAGGCAGCGGAGGUGGCUACGACCGUCAUAUUACGAUUUUCUCACCUGAGGGUCGUCUCUUUCAAGUCGAAUAUGCUUUCAAGGCUGUUAAGGCUGCGGGAAUCACGUCAAUAGGUGUCUGCGGAAAGGAUUCAGUUUGUGUUGUCACUCAGAAGAAGGUCCCUGACAAACUUUUGGAUCAGACAAGUGUUACACAUCUUUUCCCUAUUACAAAGUUCCUUGGCUUACUAGCAACUGGCAUGACAGCUGAUGCAAGAACCUUGGUGUCACAAGCAAGAAAUGAAGCAGCUGAAUUUCGCUUCAGAUAUGGUUAUGAAAUGCCGGUUGAUGUAUUGGCCAAAUGGAUUGCAGACAAAUCACAAGUAUAUACUCAGCAUGCUUACAUGAGACCCCUUGGAGUAGUUGCAAUGGUUUUGGGUAUUGACUAUGAACUUGGACCUAGUCUGUACAAAUGUGACCCAGCUGGUCAUUUCUUCGGUCACAAGGCCACAAGUUCUGGAUUGAAAGAACAAGAGGCUAUCAACUUCUUGGAGAAGAAAAUGAAGAAUGAUCCUGCAUUUACCUAUGAGGAAACCGUGCAGACUGCAAUUUCUGCCCUGCAAUCAGUUCUUCAGGAGGAUUUCAAGGCCACCGAGAUUGAGGUUGGAGUUGUGAAGCAGGACAAUCCGGUAUUUAGAGUGUUGUCCACAGAGGAAAUUGACGAACACCUGACAGCUAUAAGCGAGCGUGAUUGAGUCUUCAUUUAGCUGAUUCUCGUUUGAGUAAAACUUGGAUUUAAAAUCUUAGAUUGUCUAAUGUUUGAGAAAUAAUUUACGAUUCCCAAUGAAUUAUUGAAAGUUAUUUUCUGGGAUAAUUCCAUUGUUCUUGUUUCACCAACUGGUGGAUGAAAAUUAUAGAGUAUCUUGUAUGGAUUAUGAAUGUCAUCAAAUACAUAGCCAGUUUAGAUUUAAAAAAGGUAGCGCUUGUAUUGUGCCACAGAAAAACCUAUUUAGAAUUAGGGGUGGGUAUCCGAUCCAAUAUAAUUUUUUUUUUAUCCGAUCC